CCUUGCCUGUGCACUGAAUGUAUACAUGCCGUUUGUUUCUGUUGUAGAUUUUACUGUUCAAAGUUUGGCUCCAGAACGAGCAGGAUUUGCUGCGGCCUGUCUCGCACACGCUGAACCUCCAUUGCCUCUUGGGGGCGCUGUGCCAUGUCACCAGCCAGAGCAGGCAGGGGAACUGCUGGCAGGAAGUUCAGGGUCUACUCAGCCAUUCAGAGAGGGUUGGAGCUGCACUGAUGGCAGCCGUAGUAGCUAGGCGUGUUGCCAUGGAAACAAGGGGCCAUUUAGAAAACACGAGCUUGGAAUCCACAGAAACCAACAAGGGCGAUAGCAGUGACACACCCAGGAUGACGAGCCAAGACUCAGGGGGCAGCCCCAUGGAUGUAGACACCCCCAGCUCCGAUUGGGUGGACGUGACCUUUGACACAGAGGUGUGGGACCAGUUAGCGAGACGCUUGGAAGACAUGCUUGCUCUCAGCUGUCUGGUGCAUGCCAAACCAAGAGAGGGUUCUUUCUCUAAUCCUGGGAGGGCUCACAGCAAGGCAUGGUCUGCCAGCCAGGACAGUGGGGCAAUAGUCAGUGAGGGUCAAGUCAUCGAGGUCUCCAUCAACAAGAUCCUAGAGGGAGGAAAAGGUGUCAUAGCUGAAUAUGUAGCUAGAUGGGUGGCCCAGCAGGGUGUGCCCCCUAGCUUCUUGUCAAACUGCUCAGGAAGCAACCAUGCAUUUGGAGGGGCAUCCAAUGAUGGAAUGAUCCUUGAUGAUGAUGCACGACAGGUGCAAGGUCUGUUAAUUGGAUAUUUCACUCUGUUUUUUUGUGCAGUGACAGUUGUUUUUCCAGAAUCCUCAUCUGAGACAAAGUUACAA